CAGUGAUUACAAGACUGUGCAAAAACCGCCAGCAAAGACCUGCUGAUCUGAUCUUUUAGCAAGACCUUUAACUCUCAUUUUCUUAGCUGUACAUUUAUUUCGCUGACAUGCUGCUUGUAUAAUUCUUCCUGUUCCAUGAUGAUAACCUAUUUUUCUUUUCAGAUUGAUUUUACCCAGAAUUCUUCACCAUGGCUGAGCAUCUAUCUCAGAGUGAACUUGAUUACCCCUUCAAACUACUGGAGUACUUCAAUGGCUUCCGGGUGUCCAAGGUGAUCUUUUCAGCAUGUGAGCAGGGUGUCUUUGACUUGCUUCUCCAAUCCCAGAAGUCCCUGAGUGCAGCCGAGAUAGCGCAAGAGCUGGGCACCAGUGAGGACGGCAUGGAGCGGCUCCUCGAUGCGCUUGUGGGUAUUGAGGUCUUGGAGGUGGAGAUAACGCAAGACAAAGCCUAUUACAGCAGUACAGAUGUUGCUAAUCUGUAUCUGGCCAAGAACAGCCCUAAAUCUCUCUAUGACAUGAUCAUCUACCAGUCUCAGACCAUCUACCCUCUCUGGAACAACAUAGGAGAUGCAGUCAGGGAAGGAAAGAACCAAAAUGAAAAAACCUUUGGUAUCUCAUCAGAAGACAUUUUCUCCGCUAUAUACAGGUCAGAGGAAGAGAUGUUAAAGUUUAUGGGGUUGAUGAACUCAUCCUGGGUCAUUGACGGCCAUGACGUAGUAACCGCUUUCGACUUGUCCAGGUUUAAGUCCAUAGUGGAUGUUGGAGGUUGUUCUGGUGCCUUGGCCCGUGAGUUAGCUAAAGCCUACCCGGCUUCCACGCUGACGGUCCUGGACUUACCUCAAGUCGUCCAGAUAGCCCGGAAGCACUUCUGUCAAAGUGAUGACACCAUCGUGUUUCAGGAAGGGGACUUUUUUAAGGAAGACCUACCCUCUGCUGAUCUGUACGUCCUCGCAAGGAUCAUACAUGACUGGACCGAGGAGAAAUGUCUGGCGCUGUUGAAGAAGAUCCACGCAGCCUGUAAUUCAGGAGGAGGUGUUCUGCUCAUAGAAGCUAUGCUGUUUGAGAACCGCAGAGGCCCUAUAAUUGCUCAGCUCUUCUCCCUGAACAUGCUGGUUCAGACGGUUGGGAAGGAGCAUCCGCCCUCUCACUACACACACAUGCUCACGGCGGCUGGCUUCGCCGACGUCCAGGUGUGCAGGACGGGCAAAUCCUACGACGUCAUCCUCGCUCUCAAAUAACCGCACAUCAGUGCAGUAUCAUGUUUUUUCCGCCGUUUGAAGUUCAGGAUUCUACUGCAGGGAAUACAGCUGUAUUUGCGAACUUUAUGAGCUUCUGAGAUUGCGUAUCAAGCACAACUCUGUUUCCAAGCUUUUUCAUAAGCUGAAAGAAGUGCAGUAGUUAAUACUUUUUAAACAUCAACACAUCGGGAACAUCUUAUUAUAUACAACACAGAUUCAAUCUAUUGGUUUAUUGGGGGUUAUUUUAGCUGAUAUAAAGACGAAAAUAUUUAGCAGAAAUAUGAAUUACUGUGUAGACGCAAUUUGACAACAUCCUUUAAAUGAGUUCGGUGUGCACUAGAGCUGUGCGAUUAUGUAAUCGAUUAUGCAAUUUAAAUGAUAUUUUUGUUGAUUAACCAAUGUUCGAUUUAGAAUUAAAAAAACUCACUUGUUCUUACUCACAUAUCUUCUAUACUGUUUUAUCCUGUAUACAGGCAUGAAUGGGGUGCCAGUCAAUCACAACGCGCACACACACACACAUACUCGUACACUAUGGACAAUUUGGGAGCACCAAUUAACCAACUCUGCAUGUUUUUGGACUGUUGGAGGAAACUGGAGAACCCAGGGUUAACCCACCAAGCACUUGGAGAACAUGCAAACUCCAUGCACGUAGACCCCGAGGCGGGAAUCAAACCCGGACCCUGGAGGUGCACGGCGACAGUGCAGAUAAAUCAUAUAUAUAUAUUUUUCACAGCUCUUGUGCACACACACACACAUACUACAGGUGCAAUGGAUAGAUAGAAAAAAUCUAAAUCAAAGCUAAAGGCGCUCAGUGAAAUUUCGGGGUGUGACUGAUUUUUUUUUUUUUUUUUUGGGCUUGGCAUUGUAUGAUUAGUAUUAUUGUAAUGACUUAAGUUUAUAUAUAUGUACAUAUUUUCCAGAUGUUUAGUUUAUUUUCUCCUUCACUUUUCUGAUUACCUCAUAUACAAUAACUGCUGUUUGGAUCCUGACUGUGAAAACAAAUUGGUAUUCAUAAUACAGUAUGUCUUGAUAUUAUUUGUAUGAAUUAAUCCCUACAAACUAUUAUUAAUAAUAUUAAAUAUGCAUUAGACUGGUGGAUGCAUGUUAAGAAAUAAUUACGGAGCAGUAUUACAGUAUGUUUGUGUGUAUGCGUGUGUGUGUGUGUGUGUGUGUGAACUAGAUUAAAGUGUUUCCCUUUUGUAGAAAAACAAUAUUUAAAAAUUAGUAAGAUUUUUCUUUAAUUAAUGCCAAUAGACAGUUUGUCUGAACUGUCGUUUUUGGCUGCUUUGCAUGUCUGAUCAUAUCCAAUUACUUUUGUAAGCAGCUGGCUUACACACACACACACACACACACACUGUGAAUUUGAUAUCAACUACCUUUUCUAGACUCAGUUUCCCAUGUGAAGAAAUGUAGUUCAAGAACAAUCAUUAUGAUCAUUUCCUAUUAAAAAAAACACCAUGAA